CAUCGAUUUCCUCUUCCUUUACUGGACAUAGUGGGACAUGAUUUCUUAAUUAUUUGCUGAUUUUAUACUUCCACAUGGAAGUGAAUAUAAGUUUGCCUGUUAAAGAUGUCCGCCAUGUUUCUUGUCUUUUUGAGGUCACAAUUGAGUGGAAAAUUUCAGGUGGCUGAACUGCCAUGGCAGAACUGGUUGAUGACUCUGCUGUGACAGUCACAGUUGGAGAUGAUGGUUACCUAACUAUGGCUGUAAAGAGAAACGUGGAACAAAAUGGAUUGGAGGGAGAUGUGGACGAUAUUGUAAGUGAACCUGACCAGAAAAGAUUGAGACUUGUAGAAAUGACUGAUGAUGAGUCUGGUGUGGUAGAUGAAAAUCAAAUAGUUGUUGCUGGAAUUCAGGAGAACCCAGAUUUGGAAAUUGAGGAGUCGCAGAUUAUUCAGGAUGACUCUAGUAUCAUACAAGAUUCCCAGGAUGUUCAAACACUCACAGAUAAUGUUGUUAUACAGGAAGAGAUAGUGGGUCAGCUGCCAGCUCCACAAUACCAAAACUUGAUAAUACAGCAUAUGGAUAUAGCAGAACCUCUAGCUACAUUAAAACAGUUGUUAGAACUUAGAUUACAGUGUUCCCUCUCAGAUCAUCAGUUCUACCUUCAAGAUAGCAUACCGCUUGACACAAAAAAGAGUUUAGUAGAUCAAUGUGUGCAGGGAGAGGGUAUGGUACAGAUCAACUUGGAAGUUAAAUCUCAACCAGGAAUGAAACCAAAGAUUAAUAUUCUUGACAUUCUUAAACCAGCAGAGGAGGUAGAAUCAAAUAUAAUUGAACAGAGUGCUGUCCCCCAGAGCUCAUCAACAUCUGCAAAAGUUGUAGUUCCUGCAGACGAAACAGAAAAUAUCACAAGAUGGAUUGUAGAUCAAAAUUUUCGACGAGAACAGGAGCGAUUAAAAAUACCAUUUGAUCCAAUGCAGUGGACUCAAAUGCAUGUAAAACACUGGAUAAAUUGGGCAGUGAAUGAGUUCAAACUACAAAAUGUUGAUGCUGAAAAUUUUAACAUGACAGGAGCAGAGUUGUGUGAUUUAUCACAUGGUGAUUUUAUUCGAUAUAUUCCAAAUGAUAAAGGAGAUAUCUUUUGGACACACUUAGAAUUGCUCAGGAAAUGUAAAUUUGUAGCUGUGAUGCAGCAGCCAGCACCUCAUGCAGUUACAACUAUCACAGUGUCAACAUCAGGUAAGAAGACAUUCAAGCAAAAAUCAAGAUCACCAAGGAUUACUGGAGAUCAUGGGUUUUCCCCAGGAAACAGAACAGGUAACAAUGGACAGAUUCAGUUAUGGCAGUUUUUAUUGGAAUUGCUCACAGACAAAGAUUGUAGGGAAGUUAUACAGUGGGUUGGAGAUGAGGGAGACUUUAAGUUAAAUAACCCAGAAAUGGUUGCUCAAAUGUGGGGACAGAGAAAAAACAAACCAACAAUGAACUACGAGAAAUUGAGCCGAGCUUUACGCUAUUACUAUGAUGGAGACAUGAUAGCUAAGGUUCAUGGGAAGAGGUUUGUGUAUAAGUUUGUGUGUGAUCUAAAAAUGUUGCUGGGAUAUUCUGCAGCAGAACUUAAUAGACAAGUAACAAUGUGUGCUGAGAAAAAAUUACAGCGAGUACGAGAAGCAUUGCGGCCUCCCACGGUCACUGGUAUACAUCAGAAUGUCACAAAACAGAAAUUAGUUUCUGCACAUACUGUACAGACAACCUUGGAAUGACAGGAGGAUGUGUUGUUUUAGUUUGUCAUCGUAAAUGCAUGAUAAAAUACCUGACUGUGCAGGCACUUAACUUACAAUUCAGGAAUUGCUUGUCCAUACAGUACAAUAUAUAGCACUUUAACCAGCUUGAGAAGGAUAGUGAACAUUAUAGACAAAACUGUACAGACAAGAAAAACAACAUUUAAGUGGAAUAUUCUGAGAUCAAGAGGAUUCGUGUAAGAUGUUUUAGCUUCUCUGAGCACAAGGUUCUCAAUGUGAGCUGUAGCUAUUUUUUCUUAACAUUGGACUUUGUCCUGUAGGAGCUCCAGUGCUUCCUCCUGACUGGACUUGGGAAUUACCAGAGCUAAAAUCAGAGACAAAAAAAGCCUUAAACAACUUACAAAUGACUUGGUGGAUGUUCAUCAAAAUUUGUCAGAAGCAAGGUUCAAAUGAUUUUGUUUCAUUUUUAAAGGUAAUCCCCUCAUGUUAAGACAGAGAAUUGUUUGGUUGCAGAGCUAAUAGUGCCUUGUACAAAUAAUCACGUUUAAUUUUUAGCUCACCAGAACACAAAAUGCUUAAUGUGAGCUAUUGUGAUCACUCACCGAAUGUCAUUUUCUUCAAACAAUAUUACCUCAGAAAAUGUUGGUAGGAAGUUGAUGAAAUUUGGCCUGGAUGUUCAGUAGAUGGUCAUUUUACAGACCAGCUUGGUUGCACACCAGAGCCAGAAAUAGAAAAAAAAUUCUUCGAAUAACAUAUGGUUUACAACUGCUCUGGUUUCAUAAUAAUUCUUUAGAAAUGCUCCUAAUCUCUUGCCCCUCACGAGUGUGUGUGUUUGAGCCUCACUUGGGGCAUGAAUUCUUCAUGUGAGUUAUCCAUUUGACUUAUGGAAGGUUUGUGGAUUUACCCAGUUGCCCAUGAUGCUUUCAAGUAAUAAGGUAGAAGUGAUUCUUGUACUUUUCUCGACAAAAAUUUUGAGCUUUGUAACUCAGGUGAGUGCUCCAGGGCUAUCAUUGCUCUCUUGUUAUUGCAUAGUGUAUACUUCUUUUAUUUGUUUCAUUAAGAGACGAUUUGUAUGCAAAUUGAAAAAUGAAAUUGUUGAAGAUUACUUUUGUAUAUAUUUGUAAAUGUUUGUAUAUUCUUGUAAAUAGUAUGAAAGAAUAUAAUAAAAAUGAUUCCUAG